UAGCUAGCAGAACGUCGGAGAGGAAUGUGACCAGAAAAUCAUUAAAAAAACAGAGUUAUUCUACGGUCCUGGAUAUGUAUUUCACUUGAUAACGACGCAUGGUUCUUAAAGUUGACAAGUUCAUCAAGCGGUUGUCAGUAUAACAAACCAGUAUGGAUGCAGUGAACGCGUUCAACAUGGAGUUGUUCUCCAUGAUUGACAUGAAGCCUCCGAUUUCCCGGGCUAAGAUGAUGUCUGUAACAAAAUCAGCAAUCAAAGCAAUUAAGCUUUACAAACAUGUUGUUCAGAUAGUGGAAAAGUUCAUCAAGAAGUGUAAGCCAGAUCUAAAGGUCCCUGGUUUGUACGUGGUUGAUUCUAUUGUUCGACAGUCACGGCAUCAGUUUGGUGUUGAAAAGGAUGUAUUUGCGCCCAGAUUCUUGAAGAACUUCACAGAUACCUUUCAAAACCUUUACCACUGCCCAGAGGAUGAUAAGAGCAAAAUUCUUCGAGUCCUGAACCUGUGGCAGAAAAAUGGUGUAUUCGACAUGGACAUCAUUCAGCCUCUAAUGGAUAUGGCUGAUGGAUCUAGUGUUUCUGCUCCUACACUUGCAGUUCCUGUUGACCACCUACCAGAAAUGCAGCCUCCUGUCUCGAGUGCCGUGGAUGUGCCUGCUGUGUCCAAACUACCAACUCCUGAUGCUUUAGCUGCUGUGGCACAGCUGUUUCAGUCCCCCCAUGGACAAGAGCUGCAGAGGAUGCUUCAGAGCUUUCAGCAGGCAGAUAAGAGUCUGGCAGCCAUUGCAAACAACAUAACAAACCCACCUCAGAUACCUGUGGACCAGCAUAACUCAUACAAUGCACACACAGAGAAGAGAAACUCUUUAGCUGAGAAACUAUUAGACCGAUUUGACUAUGAUGAUGAACCUGAGGAUAUAAUGGCUAAAGAAGGCACUGCCCAGUUACAAGGAAUGCCUGAAAAUGUGUUUAACCAGUUUCACGGUCAGAUGCCCAACACAGAGAAUGUUCAUCCACAUAUGAGCCAGACUGGCGGUGCAGAGCACAGUGGAGGUGUAAGUCAUGUGGAACGUCAUAGGAUGCCAGAUGGGUACUCUUCCCUAAAUGAGGCUUAUCCGCAAUCACAGGAAAAUUCAAGAGAAAGUUCAGCUCUGAGACGGGAGGGCAGACACAGAGGCUAUAGCAGAAGAUCCAGAUCGGGUUCAAGAUCUCCAAGGAGAAGAAGAUCAAGAUCUACGUCCCGCUCAAGAAGGUCUAGGCAUCGUCGUUCUCGUUCUCGCUCCAGAGAAUGGCGCUGGGGAUCUCGCUCUGGUUCUCAGGACAAAAAUGAAAGAGAGAAAGACAGAGAGCGCAGACAGAAAGGUCUUCCCAGCAUAAAGAGCCAGACGCUCAGUGUUUGCAGCACUACACUUUGGGUUGGACAACUAGACAAGAAAACUCAGCAGUCUGAUGUGAUGUCCCUUUUGGAAGAGUUUGGCCAGAUAGAGUCGAUUAAUAUGAUUCCUCCCAGGGGUUGUGCUUAUAUUGUUAUGGUUCACAGACAAGAUGCCAAUACAGCCUUAAACAAACUCAGUAAAGGGUCUUACAAAGUCAAUCAAAAACCUGUUAAGAUCGCUUGGGCUCUAAACAAAGGUAUAAAAUCAGCUCACAAAAAGUUCUGGGAUGUGGAGCGAGGAGUUACCUACAUCCCCUGGAGCAAAGUCAAAGUUGAGGAUUUGGAAAUCUAUCGGGAAGGGGGCAUACUGGACGCGGAGACACUGAAUCCAGAUUGGAAUAAAGCCAAGGACCUCAACAAAGCACCAGCGGUUAACGGAGCAUCUGAAAGUGUACCAGUAGAUGGGACCAUAACUGCCCACGUACAGGUGCCACCGGUUGAACAGACGGAGCCGAUCAGAAGUCCACCAGCUUUCCCUGCACCCAUCAUGCUGUCCCCCGCUGCCAUGCCUCCAGGUGGAGCUCCUUUUAUCCCGUCAGAGUUUGACCUCGCGAAGUUGCCUCACGCAGGAAGUGUAAAUCCUCCAGAGAAGUCGAUAAAUGAUUCUGUAGGAGACAAAGGCACACCCUCGGACGCCUGCACUGACAACCAGCUCGGGUCUCCUACCGCACCGGUCAUCAACCUGCCAGGUCCAGGCGUCAUGCCGGGUCCCCGACCAGUUAUGCCCCCUUUGCAGCCUCCCCCUGGUAUGCCAAAUCCUCACGUACCUCCCUUCCUCCCACCCCCCAACAUGUCACAUAUGCCCCCUCAAAUGAUGCCUGGGGGACCUAUGUUUCCACCAGACAGGUUCCGAAUGCAAAUGAGCUUCCCUCCUCGUGGACCUCCUUUCCAUCGACCUCCCCCUAUGGGACCAGGAGGUAUGGAUGACAGGGACGGAAGGCUUUUCCGAAAUGGGGGGCCAGGGUUUUGUGGGCCCCCUUUCUCCAGAGGGAGGUGGUAGGGUUUGGCUGGAGUGAUGGACCUGAAAGGAAAGGAAGCUGGAACCACUGUGGAAGACAUUGUUCAAUUUCAGAACUCCUGGUUCAGCGGGCACUGAUACGAACAUUUGAGACUUUUUCUUACGCCACAGGAACUUUUUCUUAGGUUGAAAUAAACGAUGAAACAAGACGAGAUGUUCUGAAUGUUUUCUGUGCUUCUUCUAGUUCAUCAGAGACAAGACUGCUUGCUGUGAAUAUUGUUCUUGCUUUUAGCCGUUUCCUAUCUUUUUUGUAUAUUUGAAGAUGUGAACUCUAUGCUUAAGUCUGUAGCUUUGGUAGUUGCAUUGUAGGAAAGCUAACAGACAGUCUGUAUUUUUGACAUAAUAACACUAUCCAGAAUUUGUGUUCUUAGAAUAUUACCGUAAAAUCCAUAGUUCAUACCUUUUGGGGUAUUUUUUUGUUUACUAAAAUGCCUUUUUACCAAACUGAUGUUUAGCUCCUCAGCAGAGAAGUGGAUUUCAUUUAACACAGGAGGGAUUUCAUAUCCUGCCAGUAGAGGGUAGAACAAACCCUGUUACUAUAACCAACCUCUGUUGUACAUUAAGGUCACACCUUGUAGAAUAAUGUGCUGUGAAUAUUAAAAAGAGGAACUACCA